AUGGUUGCAGCAGGGGGGAAGUCGAAGAUCCGCCGCGUUGGCAAGAAGAGGGGUGCCACCCUCAAGGAUGUCCACGCUUGGCGUUGGAUCAAGACGUGCGCCAAGUACUUGAAGCAAGAGGGCAAAAUCAUGGUGCCAAACUGCACAGAGAUAGUCAAGACUUCGCACGGCCGCGAGCGCGCACCGCAGAACCCGGAUUGGUACUAUGUCCGCUGCGCCGCUGUGCUGCGGGCACUGUACCUGCGCCCCGGUGAGGGAUAUGGUGGCCUUAGCAAACGCUUUUCCAUUAAGAAGAAUCGUGGGAGCCGUCCGGAGAUCACCACUCGUGCAUCAAGGGGUCUUCUGCACUGGUCUUGCAAGAGCCUCACCAAACUGGGCCUCGUUGAGAAGUGCACGGAGUCUGGACACAGGCUAACGAGGAGGGGACGCAAGGUUUCUGAUACUCUUGCAUUCCAGGUCCACGUCCGCCGGUUUAACACCGAAAAGCAGAAAGUGGAGUGA